GGGAGGAGCCGAAUGGAGCGGAGGAUGAAAGGCGGCUACGUGGACCAGCAAGUGCCGUACACCUUCUCCAGCAAAUCGCCCGGAAAUGGGAGUCUGAGCCGAGCUCUGAUGGUCACACAGGGGAAACUCAUGGACCCUGGCUCACUGCCACCCCCGGAGUCAGAAGAUCUCUUUCAAGACUUGAGCCAAUUCCAGGAGACCUGGCUUACGGAAGCUCAGGUCCCCGACAGUGACGAGCAGUUUGUGCCAGAUUUCCAUUCCGAAAACUUAGCUUUCCACAGUCCCACCACCAAGAUCAAGAAAGAGCCACAGAGCCCUCGUACAGACCCGACCCUGUCCUGUAGUCGAAAGCCGCCGCUCUCUUACCACCAUGGUGAGCAGUGCCUUUAUACCAGUGCCUAUGACACCCCCAGACAAGUUGCCAUCAAGUCUCCCACACACAGUGCCCCAGGACAGUCACCUCUGCAGCACUUUCCCCGAGCAGAACGGAAUUUCUUGAGACCCCCAGGGGCAGCCCCAGCCAACCCCAGCCAUGGGUUCAUCAUGGAGCAUAGCUCCAUUUUCCAGCAGCCCCCAGAGCUAUGCCACUCCUUGCCAUCCUCCCAAGGUGGGGGCCGGGAGCCCCCUGCAGCCUCCUACCAGCCCCAACUGUCGGAGCCCUGCCUGCCUUAUCCCCAACAGAACUUCAAACGCGAAUACCAUGACCCCCUGUAUGAGCAGGCGGGUGGGGGCUGGGGCAGCGGCGGCAGCGGUGGGCACAGGUACCCAGGGGCGGGGGUUGUGAUCAAGCAGGAACAGACGGACUUCGCCUAUGAUUCAGACGUCCCUGGGUGUCAAUCCAUGUACCUACAUGCAGACGGCUUUCCCGGCCCUUCCCCAGGUGAUGGAACCAUGGGUUAUGGCUUUGAGAAGUCUCUUCGGCCCUUCCCAGAGGAUGUCUGUGUGGUCCCAGAGAAAUUUGAAGGGGACAUCAAACAGGAGAGUCUAGGGGCAUUCCGGGAAGGGCCCCCCUACCAGCGCCGAGGCUCCCUACAGCUCUGGCAAUUCUUGGUCGCUCUAUUGGACGACCCAACUAACUCGCACUUCAUUGCCUGGACGGGCCGAGGGAUGGAAUUCAAGCUCAUCGAGCCAGAAGAGGUCGCCCGGCUCUGGGGCAUUCAGAAGAAUCGUCCGGCCAUGAAUUACGACAAGUUGAGCCGUUCGCUUCGCUACUAUUAUGAGAAGGGGAUCAUGCAGAAGGUGGCUGGCGAACGCUACGUGUACAAGUUUGUGUGUGAGCCCGAGGCCCUCUUCUCUCUGGCGUUCCCAGACAAUCAGCGCCCAACCCUCAAGUCUGAAUUCGACCGGCCAGUCAGCGAGGAGGACACCGUCCCCUUGUCCCACCUGGAUGACAGCCCUGCAUAUCUUCCAGAGCUUGGGGGGCCUGUCCAGCCCUAUGGGCCUAAGGGUGGCUAUUCCUACUAGCCUCUGACAUCUCACCAAGAACCCAACAAGCCCCCCAGGUGGGGGCAGGGACACUGACCAUCCUCUUUGUACAUAUGGAUAAAUUUGAUGUUGGCAGGAACUGUUCAUCCCCUUCUCUGACACUCCAGGAAACUUUGGGGGGCAGUUCCCUAGCCCUGGUCACCCCUUCUCCCUUUCCUUCCCCAAAUGAAAUGGAACCCUCCCAUGGUGCUCACUCAAAUGGCUGGAGAGGGUGGAAAAAGAUCUUGUCCAUAAGUACAAGGCUCUUUCACUUUUCCCUAGUACCCAGGGGGCUCAGCUCAGGCUCUCCCCAUUUCCUUCUAAAUGGUUCACCCACCUCCCUUUUUCCCCAGGACAGAGAGCAAGCAAGGUUUGCCCCUACCAAGUAGGUCAGGGGAAAGAGGACUGACUCUUCCCCACCACCUCCAGUCCCAGUGGAUCUUUGAGGUUCAGAAAGCUCCCAUCAGGUCCCAUGAAGAAAAGCAGAAGGCCUAGAUAUGCCCCCAAUGACCAAAUCCCCAGAUCACCUUCCUGCUCC